CGCUCGCUCCCAACCCCAUCACCACCACCUCCAAACAAGGGGUGAGCGAGAAAACCACCCCACCCCACCUCGCCUCUCUCUCUCUCUCUCUCUCUCUCUCUCUCUCUCUCUGCUUCUGCUCCCCCUGUCUCUUGCCCACCCGCCCCAAUGUCGCCGCCCCUCGAGCCCCACGACUACAUCGGCCUCUCCGCCGUGGCCGUGGCCGUGCCGCCGACCCCGACCUCCUCCUCGUCUUCCUCCUCCUCGCCGGCGCCGCCGCGCCUCACGCUCCGCCUCGGCCUGCCGGGCUCCGAGUCCCCCGACCGCGACUGCUGCGAGGACGACGUCGCCGCCGCGCUCUCCCUCGGCCCGCUGCCGGUGGCCGCCCCAGCCGGCUCCGCCAAGCGGGCCUUCCCGGCCGACCCCUGCCCCCGCGCCGGCGCCGCCACCAAGGCCACCGACGGCAAGCAGUCUCCCCCCGCCGCGCCGCCGGCCGCCAAGGCGCAGGUGGUAGGAUGGCCGCCCGUGCGGAACUACCGGAAGAACACCCUCGCCGCCAGCGCCUCCAAGACCAAGGCGCCGGCGGAGGAGGCCGCGUCCGGAGGCGGCGGCCCGAUGUAUGUGAAGGUCAGCAUGGACGGUGCGCCCUACCUCAGGAAGGUGGACAUCAAGAUGUACUCCAGCUACGAGGACCUCUCCAUGGCGCUCGAGAAGAUGUUCAGCUGCUUCAUCACUGGUCAAAGCGGUCUGCGUAAAUCAUCUACCAAAGACAGGCUUACCAAUGGCUCAAAGGCGGAUGGCCUCCAAGACCAGGAGUAUGUCCUUACAUAUGAGGAUAAGGAUGGGGACUGGAUGCUUGUUGGGGAUCUUCCCUGGGAUUUGUUUAGCACUAUCUGUCGAAAGUUGAAAAUCAUGAGGGGGUCUGAUGCUGUUGGAAUAGCUCCAAGAACCAUAGAGCAGACAGGUCAGAACAAGUAAGCUUGGCCAUCGUCUGCGACCACGAAAGACUUUGAGUUAGCUGGGAGAUGAUGUUGAAGGCUGAAAUAGUUCCUGGGGAUUAUCUAAAAUUCCCCUUAUGUUAGUUUAGAUUCACGUGUUCCUAAGUUGUGCAUUUGUAUGUCUGUAAUGUGAGUCAUUCAGAUCGUGCAAUCGUAUGUUGCUCUUGUGCCCUUCAAAGGCCAAACCUGGGAGCACUCUGUUUUCUGUGUGUGCUUGCUUUCCUGCAUUCCCUGUUACUCUACUCUGAAAUCACCCAUCAUGCCACAAGAACUGAUGCUUCGUAAUGUCAAGAAAGCUGUCCUAAUUGUUCAGCUGCAA